AUGAAUUCAAGGGAGGAAUAUAUUAAUCUGACUGUUGAUAUUGGACAACUAAAAGAAGCUAUUUUAUCAAUUUUUCAUACAAUCCUUCUGCAUAGGACACUAGGAAAGUGUAAAUAUGAUGAUGGAAAUAAGUAUACUUUGGGAACUCUUGGUCUUGAAGAAGUAGAUUGUUCAUCUAUUGAGCUAACAUAUGUAAAACUUAAUUCACCGGAAUUAGACAAUUUAUUGAAUAAAGAGAUAACAUUAUUUAUUGAAGACAUCUAUAAAAAGAUAAGUCAUCAAAAAACAAAUACAUUUCAAACAGUAAGGUCUCAUUCAAUGAAUGUAAUAAAUGACGUAGUAAAAGAACAUUAUAAUGAAACUUUAGUUAAGCCUGUUUCUGGUACUUGUGUAUUAGAAUUUUAUCAAAGAAAAAGUAAGCCAUCAGUUCCUGUAAAUAUAAAAACAGAAGGAACUGUUUGGGAAAGAUGGUUGUUAAAUAUUGAGGUGACAACUUAUUCAGGAUCUGAUAGACUUGCGGAAAUGAAAGUAUCAGUUGGAGAAUUGAUAAGUGAAAAGAUUUUACAUAUUUGCUCAAAAGCCAAUCGAUCAAAUUAUCUACCUAUAAUUCCUAAAUUUCAAGAAUUAAAUAAUGUUUUUGAUGACUCAUUUAGUGAUUGUCAACCAUAUUUAUUUCGUAUAUUAAAUGGUCCACCAACAACAAUGUUACCAAAGUUAGAAAGUAUGAGAGCGAAUAUUGAGUCAUCAGCUAGAUCAAUUACAGCACGCUCAGCUGAAUAUGUUAUGAAUUUUCUUUUUGGAAUAUGUAUAAAAAUUUUUACUAUUUUUGGUACCAGUUAUACAUAUGAUGAUAAUCGUUUUAAGAUAAUGUCUGCAAUAAACAUUGGAAAUUUAGAAGGUGGAAAUGGGAGAAUUGAUGAAUUACGAAGUCAAGUUAAUGAUGUUACUGAUGUUAUGUCACAAAAUAUACGAAAAAUUUUGGAACGUGAGGAACGUUUAGAAAAUGCAGAAGCAAGAACUGCUAAUUUAAUAGAAUCAUCUGAUCAAUUUAGAAUUGCGGCUCGAUCUGUUUCUCGUCAAUAUUGGUGGAAAAAUGUUAAAUGGACUAUUAUAAUGUAUAUUGUUGGGAUUCUAAUUAUUGUGGCUAUUAUUCUUCUUAUACUUCAUGCAUUCAAUGUCAUAUGA